GUCCCGGGUUCGAUCCCAGUCAGGGCCCAUGCCUGGGUCGCGGCUCAGUCCCCAGUAGGGGGCGUGCAGGAGGCAGCUGGUCCCUGCUUCUCGCUCACUGUGGGGUAUCUCCUCUCCGCAGGCAUGGAGAAGGUGAACUUCUCGGGCGGGGAGCCGUUCCUGCAGGACCGCGGGGAGUACCUGGGCCGCCUGGUGAGGUUCUGCAAGCAGGAGCUGGGCCUGCCCAGCGUCAGCAUCGUCAGCAACGGCAGCCUCAUCCGCGAGCGCUGGUUCGUGAAGUACGGCCAGUACCUGGACAUCCUCGCCAUCUCCUGCGACAGCUUCAACGAAGACGUGAACGUCCUCAUCGGCCGCGGCCAGGGGAGGCUCAACCACGUGGAGAACCUCCGGAAGCUGAGGCGCUGGUGCAGGGAGUACCGCGUGGCCUUCAAGAUCAACUCCGUCAUCAACCGCUUCAACGUGGACGAGGACAUGCGCGCGCACAUCCAGGAGCUGAACCCGGUGCGCUGGAAGGUGUUCCAGUGCCUGCUCAUCGACGGGGAGAACGCGGGGGACGGCGCCCUGCGGGAGGCCGAGCGCUUCGUCAUCAGCAAGGAGGAGUUCCAGGGCUUCCUGGACCGGCACCGCGAGGUGCCCUGCCUGGUGCCCGAGUGCAACGACAAGAUGAAGGACUCCUACCUGAUUCUGGAUGAGUAUAUGCGCUUCCUGAACUGCAGAGAGGGCCGCAAGGACCCGUCCCGCUCCAUCCUGGACGUGGGCGUGCAGGAGGCCAUCAAGUUCAGCGGCUUCGACGAGGCGACGUUCCUCAAGCGCGGAGGCAAGUACGCCUGGAGCAAGGCCGACCUGCAGCUGGACUGGUAGGGCAGCCGGCCGCCUGGCCGCGGCGCGGGGCCCCUGCCGCACCUGGGGGGCCCGCGGACUCCCCGCCCCGCACGGUGGCGGACCGUGUGGUAACUGAAAUCCACGGACGCGGACCAUUCGCUGCGGCCACUUCGCUUGUUUGGUUUGGUUGGGGUGUUUUGAGCACCGUUUCCGGUGAUCCCUGCGUUUCCAUCUCCAAGUCAUCUUUCCUGGUUUGUUCAUUUGAUGGUCACGUCUUUUCUGCUGAAUCCCCAGAGGCCAGUGUGCACAUCUGGAAAAAACUGGAAAAAACUGGAGAAAAUUGGAACACUCCCUGCGGCCACGGCUGCUUGUGGCAACGCCGUCUCCCUUCCUGCCCUCGCACCACGGCCACCCUGGACUCCCUCCCCCGGCGUGCAGCACGCGGCACAGGUGUGUCCGGCUCAGGAACGGCCACCUUAUCAGGCUUCAGUGCCGGCCCGGGGAGGUAGCCGCGUCCCCCGAUGAUGCUGGGACCAGCCCAGGGCCCAGGCUGACUGCUCCAUAAACGAGGGCCCUCUCUCUCUCUCUCUCUCGCUCUCUCGCUCUCUCUCUCUCUCCUUCCUCCCCAAGAUUCCUAGCAAAUCCCAGGUACACUUCCUAGUUCACGAUGAAGUUGGCCAGGGCUCAGGCCUUGGGUUGUUGUGUGGACCUAUUAUUCAAGCCACACGAGUCUGUUAAGCAGAAACUGGGGCGUGUACGGGGCAGAUGGCUGUUGGCUCGGGCGGUGGGAGAGCGUGAGGAGGGGCACACACCAACCGGGCCCCCUGUGGACGGAGCCGAGGGCCCGCGUCCUGCUUCUCAAGUCCUCGGGGCCACUGGGAGUGAAGCGCCGUCCAGGCCCGAGGACAGGGCCCCACGUCUCUCCCUCGCACCACGCGAGACCGGGAGGGACCUGUCCCCGAAAGGGGUCAGGGCCAGAGCCCUUGUUUAUGUAACCGAGUCCUUGUUUAUGGCCUGGAAAAGGAUAACUUCCUGUCAUUGUUUCCAAAAAAGCAAAAUCAUGGAAAAUUUUUGGCAGGAGCAGAGGAAAGAGCUAUUUUCAUCCCGCUGCCACUCCGCUGCCCGCCACUGGGUGGCGCGUGCCCGGCCGCACGGCCCGCUGCACUGGCUGGUCUGUUCUCAAGGCCUGCGGAGUCGAAGGGUCUGUCCUUCGCGUGUCUGUUUCUCAGCAAAGACAUCCCUCCUUCCGAGUUCAAGCCCCUGUCAUUCAGCAGGAAUGUGUGUGUGUCCCGGAGUGUUGUCCUCAGUUUUCCACAAAACACACACACACACAGAUGAAGCAGCUACUGCGUCCGGGGCCCUAAACGAACGCCCCGGCUUUCCCUGGGCGGAAAAGGAGGAAAAGGUGGAUUAGCGAGCUGUUCUCCCCUGUGGACGUGGACGGGAUCGAGGCUAUGAUGAUGUCGCUGUAAUCAGUAUAAUCAGCGUAAACAGAACUCGGGGGUUUUCUUCGCUUAACGUGCGUGUGCUCUGCCAGUCGUCGCAUUAUUCCACGCGAGGAAGCUCGUCGGGCGCUCCCGCCCUGGGUGCCUCUGAAACAGGACCCCAGCCUGAGUCACCUCCUCCGACCGGAGGGGCUGUUUCUCCGCUGAAGGAGCCGGGACUUCUCCUGCCCCGAAGGGAAACAUCAAACAAAACCCAGCGAAAGCUGCCAUCGGAAGCUGCGGCUCCUGCUCCGUGUUCCACUGCCGGGAAAGCUCAGCCUUCCUCGUGCCCUCAGGACGGCGAAGCCUGGAUGUUUAAAACGUUCGCAUGCUCCCCUCUCUCAGCCGCGAGCAGCUCGGGGUUUGUGGCGCGGUGCUUCCGAGUUGGAUUGUAUAACGUGGUGCUUGACGCUCUCAGUUUUAAACGCGAGUCUCCAGUUUCAUGAAACGUGUUCCCUGGUUGCUGGGAAGCACAGGGCGGUGGGCGCGAGGCACCUCCGUGUGAGUGUGACGGGCAGAGGCCGCGGAGCCUUGCAUUCCUGCGGACGUCUGGCUGUGGUAGCGGGACUGGGACUUCGUCUUCAGGAGCCUAGAUCUACGCUGACGCGAGCCAUCGUCCAUCCGGCCUUCAGUGCGACUCCUCUGUGUUCUUUAGCCGAAGGGGAUGGGAAUGGGCCCCUGCUGUCACCUGUGAAGAUGAGUGAGACCAUUUGGCGGCACCACCCGGAACGCAGGCGCCUGCCCUGCGUCUGGCGGGAGUUUGGGAUCUAGUUGUUGGGUCGAGAGAGAGAGAACCUGAUACUAAAGCGAGCGAACAGGUCACCUGGGUCUCAAUCGGACGAUCGGUGCGGCCACCCCUCGCAGAAGAUGCUCAGUCCGCUGUGAUCACAGAAGCAACUCGCGCCCUAGGGUUUACCAUGCUGCCUUGAGUGUGACUCGCGCUCUGAGAUCCUAGGGAAACGCAUGUAUAUAUUGUCCUCUGUGGCUGGUGCUGUGUUGGAAGAUAUCAUGUAUUAAAAUGUGUUUUGUACGAGCCU